AUGGUGCUGGACUUAUGUCCGGAGCUUUAUGAUGGUGGCAAAGAACACCUCCUCUGGCACCCGGAGAACGAAGAGACGCAGCGGCGGCGCUGGCUGGCCCCCAACGAAGCACCGAAGCCGGUUGCAGUCAAUGUGCCCAAGGCCGUUCCAGCCACGAUUGUCGUGCCAGCCAGCUCACAGCGUACACAACGCACAAUGGGGCCUUCCUACUCGUACGUCGUGGGCCACGGCCCAGGACGUGAGCUUUCGCGGACCUAUGCAUCCGCUCGCAGUGUCGCAGGCUGCCAAGCUCCAG